GCAUGCUUUCCUGACUUCUAGUCUACAAACCAGCAGCAGAAACACCAUGGCCUUCAGUGGAAAAUACGAAGUGGAAUCCCAGGAAAACUAUGACGCCUUCAUGAAGCUCAUUGGCAUUCCUGAUGAUAAAAUUGAGAAAGGGAGAGACUUUAAGUUCACCACUGAGGUUGUUCAGAAUGGCAAUGAAUUUACUUGGUCACAGAUUUUCCCAGGAUACACUCUGACCAACAAGUUCACCGUAGGACAGGAGGCCGACAUGGAGACCAUGGGUGGCAAGAAGUUCAAGACAACUGUUAAACUGGACGGUGGAAAACUUGUUGUUGAUUUCCCUAAAUACCAUCAAACCACAGAGAUUUCUGGUGGAAAGCUAGUGGAGAUCUCCGAAGCCGGUGGUGUCACCUUUAAAAGAGUUAGCAAGAAAUUGUAAAAUGUGACCCCUGUAUCACAGAC